AUGAUCUCACUAAGUCAAGUUAUCGCGGAUUCUUUAGAUUUAGUUGUGAAGGAUUCUAUCAGGAAAGUUAAUCGUAAGCGUCGUAGCAGCCGUGGCCAUCUCUCGAGUAGGUCCGAGAAGGCAGAUACAGACGUCGCUGAAAGAAAGAGAGUAAAAAUGGAGCCUAAUUCGGAAGCCUCUCUAGCUCCCCUCAAGGAGUACAAGGAAUCUGACCGCAACAAGUCAAAGAAAAAGCAAACCUUCGAUGGCACAAAUGGCAUAGAUAGCACGAGUAAGGAUAAAAAGACACGCGGAAAUGACGUCAACAGCAGCAACAGCGUCACAGAUCCAGUGCUACCACACGAUGCACCUUCAACAAUUGUACCUCAAUCAGAAGAAUUACAUAAAAAAGGCAGAAAAAUUCAUAAAGGCUGGGAGACAGAGCCUGUUCUUCCUGAACACCGCUACACUAGAUGGCUAUACCCACCUCAAAUAAAGAUAAUCAAUGAUAAUUUCACGAAAAUCAAACAAGGUACAUUCGACGAAGAAGAGAGGAGAAUCGUCUAUGACUGGAUAAGCAAGUACAAAAUUACCAACAACCUGGACGAUGAUCAACUCCGAGAGAGGAUAUUUGCUUCAAAGAAGGAGAAAAACAGAGACAACUUCUGGUGUGACCUUACCGAAUGUGUCCCACAUAGAGUGCUAGCAAGUGUGUACACGCAUGUUCGAGCUCGAUGGCAUCCUUAUGCAAACAAAGGAAUCUGGACGAAAGACGAGGACGAUAGGUUGUUAGAUGCACAUGCCCAACUUGGAACUUCUUGGACAAAAAUAUCGCACAUCGUCGAGCGUCCAGCUAACGAGUGCUCUGAUCAUUACCGCCGAAUGUUUGUUUGUCCAGAAAGACGCAAAGGACUGUGGUCGGAGGAUGAAAAGAAUGAGUACCUCUCAAUCGUAAUACCAAUGAUGAAUGAGCGAAACCACGUGACUAGAGAUGGACACGAUCCUUUCUGGGUCACUGUACAGGAGAAGAUGGGCAGAAAGCGUUCAGCACACCAGUGUCGUAUCAAAUGGGAAGAUGAGCUACGCGGACGUGACCUUCCGAAUCGCCGGUCAGGAUCAGAUUUCAGGCGGUCUGAUUGUGGUAUACUGAUUAAACACGUACUUGACAUGAAUAUCAAGGAGCGUGGGGUGAUCAAUUUCAAGUCGCUGGGCAUGGAUACGUAUAAGGGGGAGUGGUCUGUCAAGACGCUCAGAGACCAGUGGCGUUACAUCACGUACAGGAGUUGCGGGAUGGAUAAAGAGCUGGCAACGUCGCUGCCGUUUGAGAAGCUGAUGGAGAGAGUCAAGUCGACAUUCCGAAGGGAGAUUGAGGGGAAGAGCGAGAAUGAUGAUGUGGUGUACGCGGAGAGCGAGGAGAGCGACGGAGGGGAAUAG